AAUUUCCCAAAUCAACCCAUCGUAACCCCGCCAUCCAUUCCCACUCACAGUCGCUUUUUUCCUCCCUUGAUUUCCCCAGACCACACUGAACCAACACUCAUUCACAUCUCUUUUCCACACUGAUAAGGGGACUUUGCUGCUUUUGUUAAUUUUUCUCCUGCGGAAAUUAUUUUCAAGAGAAGAGGUCAUCUGCAGUAGGACCGCGUCAGCUCGUAGCCAUGGCCGAGCCCAUUCCCAACAAGCGUGCGGGUGCCGACCCUAUCGCGCCUACACCCCAGAACACACCGGCACAGCAUGCCCCCAUUACUUCGCAUGCCCAACAGCCUGGUGUUGACAGUAUCAAAGAGGAGGACUUCACCGCCGCUUCUAUCUUUGCCCAAAACCCCAAGCUCGUCCAGAUGAUCCAAGGCCGCCUUGGGACAUUGGUUGGUCGCUCUUCUGGCUACAUCGAGUCACUGCCUCCUCAAGUGAAGCGCCGAGUGGCUGGCUUGAAGGGGAUCCAAAAGGAGCACUCCAAACUUGAGGCCGAAUUCCAAGAGGAGGUCCUCGAGUUGGAGAAGAAGUACUUCGCCAAAUUUACCCCGCUGUACCAGAAGCGUUCGGCCAUUGUCAACGGCUCAAACGAGCCAACCGAGUCCGAGAUCGAGGCCGGCGAGGAGAGCGACGAGGUCGACGAGGAGGGCGAGAAGAAGGAGGUCAAGACUGAAGAGACCGCUGCCAGCGAGGCUUCUGAUGUCAAGGGUAUUCCAGAGUUCUGGCUUUCCGCCAUGAAGAACCAAAUUUCCCUGGCCGAGAUGAUCACCGAUCGCGAUGAGCAGGCUCUCAAGCAUCUGACUGAUAUCCGGAUGGAGUACCUCGACAAACCCGGUUUCCGCCUAAUCUUCGAGUUCUCGGAGAACGAGUUUUUCAGCAAUAAGACCAUCUCCAAGACCUACUACUACCAGAACGAGUCCGGCUACGGUGGUGAUUUCAUCUACGACCAUGCCGAGGGUGAUAAGAUCGAGUGGAAGGGCGACGAUAAGGAUUUGACUGUGCGCGUUGAGCAGAAGAAACAGCGAAACAAGAACACCAAGCAAACACGGAUCGUUAAGAAAACCGUGCCUACCGAGUCUUUCUUCAACUUCUUCUCGCCACCCAAGGCACCUACCGAGGACGAUGACGACGCAGCCUCAGACAUUGAGGACCGUCUCGAGCUGGACUACCAGCUUGGUGAGGACAUCAAGGAGAAGUUGAUUCCCAGGGCCAUUGACUGGUUUACUGGCGAGGCCCUUGCCUUUGAGGAGAUGGACGAGGAUGACCUGGAGGACGACUUUGAAGAUGAGGACGAUGACGAUGACCUUAGCGAGGAUCACGAUGACGACGAGGAGUCUGAUGAUGACGAUGACGAUGCUUCCAAGCCGAAGCAGGAGGCCGCCGAGUGCAAGCAGAGCUAGAGUGGCCGCGCUGUCGCCCCAUAACAGCCGCUUCGUCCGUGGUUUCAACGGACGACACCAGUUACGAGCGGCAAGCCACGAAAACGGUUGCUGCAUGGCGUGAUUUUUAAUUUGCGUUGCAAAGCCGCGGGGGAGCCUCUAGUUUAUUCGGUUCUUGUCGUAGCAUGAAAUUUCCUAUAGAGCAGUCAUUCCAAUACAUCGGAAAACGACAAAGAAUGGGGUUUCUAAUCGGUCAUGGGUCAGGGAAAGGGGUCGGUCAUGCACAUAUUGAUUACACAAUCUGGGGGCUCGCUCGAUCAAGUGGCCCUGUACGAGUUUUUGACGCGUUGAUUUCCUGGACCUAAUCAUCAUAUUCUCAAAAACUUGGGACUGUGCUACGGCACAUCUCAAAGGUGAAGGUCCCCAGUCUAGGGGUCAGCAAUUUCAACAGGUGCAUGAAGAUUUGUACCCAUUAAACAGAUAGCUGAAUUCGCAUAUUUCACGGGAUUGUUAAAGUGGAGAGUAACAUCAUUCAUUGACUUUUACUUUAAUAUUUUUUUUGUCUUCUGUACAAAAUCAUCCAAUAUACUUGAUUACAUA